GUUCAAGUAACAAUGAUUCAUAUAAAUUCAUGAAAUAAUGAACAUGACGGUGAUAAACAUGAAAUUAUUCGUUUUCAUAAUAUUUUCUGCAACUGGAUAUUGCUUAAAUAUUACAAAUGAAACCGACGAGAUGUCACUUUCUAUGGACAUGAAUGAAACCGAUGCGAGAAAGCGGUAUGGUUACGGGUUCUACGGCCCUUGCGAUAACUACAGGAUAACAUUUCUCUGCAUGACUAAUUGCAAAAGUUUGGGGUAUGAAGUAUACAGACUCGAUCGCAGUUGCAAAUGUACUUGUCAUGAAAUGAGAAGUACAAUGGCUCUGCCCUACUAUAAAUGGUACACUACUGAUACUCCGAAGCGAGUGCCGACAACAAGAAGCGCAAGACUUUGGGACGUAGUAGGAACCUUGUCACCACAUCCCAUCGAACAAACAACAACUCCCGAAGAUAAUAAUACUUGUCCAACUUUUCCAACAAUAAAUGCAACAGAAAGCACAGGCAAUGAAACAGAAGUAACGACAAGUGCUGGGGAUGGUUCGAAUACCACAGAAGCUACUAAUGCUACAUCUGAUGGCCCUGAUACUAAUGGUACUAAUGGUGGUAAUGAAGACGCCGCAGCUAGCGGCGAACCAGCUGAAACUACUGCGGCUGAGGAAGCCGCAACGUAAUCGCUGAAUCAUCAAAAUAUUUUUUUCCUUACUUAUAUACAAUUAAUAACUUAGUGGUGUGCCCUA